AUGCAAUUUUCCAGUCUCAUUAGUUCUCUCAUCCUCGCACUCGGCGCAGUCGCUGCUCCAGUCGACCAAAACAUUGACUCCCCAUACCCCCUUCAGUUUCAAGCUUGGAAUUGGGAUUGCAAUGCAUCUGGCGCCCACACUCUUGGAACGUAUUUAGGCAACCUUACCCUUGCCGACAUAUGCCUUCCUCUCCCGAAAGACACUCGUGCAUUGGAUGUGCAAGUUAUUCGUGCCGGAUGCCGCAUUACCGCUUUCCAAGAACCCAUGUGCAACGAUUAUCCACAAGAAGGAAGCUACAAGGAGAACCUUGGCUGCCUUUGGACUGCCCGCGAUUACCGAUCUUAUAAGCUGACCUGUAAAUAA